UACGUUAGAUGAAUUUGUUGGCUGAAGGCUCCAAGUUCAAKAAGAAAAAAAUCUACUUAAAGUACUAAAGGAUAAUUUCUCUUUAGCCGUCACGUAGUGAACGUUACAUUGUGGCCGAUAAGAUUUUUUCACGGUGGAAUGGCUGUUGGCUUAGAUGUCUUUAAAGCAAUUCUUUCUCGGAUGCUAUUUGCAACACACUCUCUUGUCACCAUAUAUUGGGUGACUGAGACCACCGAAAACCCUAAACUGUGGUUWUUAGCCGUUAUUCUUGUGGCUUUAGCCAUUGAAACUGUCCAGUGCGUUAUCUUUAGAAGAGGCCAGGAAAACAAGUGGGUAUCAUUUAGUAUUCUAUGCUACCUGGCAACCAUCAUCCCCUGUGCCUGGUUAAUGGAACUACACCUUUUAAACCAGCGCAUUGAWCCAUCUACGACCCUCAGUUCUCCACUAAAAAUCGACAAGAGGAAUUUCACCGAUCUAAUUUUACAGACGACAUUACUAAUUCUAAUCCUUGGUCGAUGGCUUCUUCCCAAAGGUUCCCUCUCAAGAGAAUCUCUUUCGCAGCUUUUACUAGUCAAUCUUGCGAUGAGCGCAGAUAUCAUAGAAUUCUUCGAUAUUCUAAAAUUAGAACAAGCAAGAAAAUCCAGAGAUCUGGUUCUUACWAUACUAUCUUUGUGGACUAUUAGUCUUCUACAGUUUCCCCUCACUGGCACUGCUAAGUUGGAUGACCGAAAAGACGAAGUCGAACCARGUGUAACCAAUAACGACAAGACUAGCAUAUCUGGCAACCAUACAAAACAAGGGCGUCGUCAGCCACGUGUUUCUGUCGAUACGUCAUUAUUACAGGCACCGCUAAGURAUCGAAAGAUGUCAAUCAUUGAUCCCCAGCCUCGUCGCUCUUCCAUGCUUCAAAUGUUGGGCACUUCUGAGAGUGAUGAUGUACUGUCUGUCCUGCCAGACACUAAAAUGAAARCAWUCAAUUUAAAGAGAAACUCCGURGCUGUCACGUCAAACGGACACAACAGUUUAUCACGUGACCGAUCUCCUAGACGACUGUCGUUUGACGUGAAUAAAGUAAGAAAUAGUAAUUUCGCAGAGAGUACAUCAGAAGACUUCAAUUUAUCCAAUAAAAUCCCUAGACGGUGCUCACGUGAUGUGCAGACUAGUUCACAUGCUUCAAUGGAUACAACUGCUGACCGUUUUACURCACGAGCAAAUUUUGAACGAUUAGGUUCUUUGGAGUCAGCGGAGUCAACUGUUGAUGAUGAUAAGCCGAAACACAGGGUGACCAUGGAUUUGAUAGGAACAACUAUGGCUUUAUUYCUGCAAGAUGGACCAUUUUURACGUUUCGUUUGUACGUCAUAGCGCAAUAUUCCGCUUUUCAGUAUAUGAUAAUUUUUUUAACCGUCAAAAAUGCUUUGUUAGUGGUAUUACAAAUCUAUAAAAUCACUGUGCAACAUUGCGUCUGCCACGAUCAUAAAGAUAAUGACUUUUCACCUGARAAUCCCGUGGAUGCUACAUCAAGGCUGAAUAAUGUCCAAAUAGCCGUGAUACAYGAGAGGACUGGGACCAAGAAAUCUGGRACCAARGUGCGCCGGGGGAGGUAUAAUCGAUUUAGUGUUCGAUGGACUCGCACUAAGACCAGAAUAACACAAAGCGGUCCUUUAUUUCAAGRAAAGAUCUCUUGAUAUAAUGCGUUUUUUGAGUUUAAGAGUGUCAUMAUUGAGCUUUAACGCGCGCGAUUUUCUAAGCGAAAAGUAGAAUAGYUGUASUAUUCGGGCUGCAKAGUAGGGWAGCUACCGGAUGCUUGGUCUUCCUUUAUAUUUAUUGCGCUGUUUAUUCAGUUCCUUGGUUUUGAUAAA